GAGAAUUUUUCUGGUUCUUUCAUGUAUUCUGAUGCUUGGAGAAUGUCACCAAAUAGGUUAUUCCCAUCCCAGUAUUUAUACAGUACAAGUUCCCAGAGGACCCGAUAUCCAUGUGAUAUUUGGAAGUAAGGUGAAGGUAGAUAACCGUACUUUAUACAAGGUCUUUUCCACAACCUUAGUUCCUCCAGUGAAUAUAACAGCAGAUAUUCCAGAUUGUAGAGAAUCUGGCUUUGAAGAAACUAGUUUGAAAGUAAAUGAUACUUUGCUGGAUACAAGUUUUGUUCCCAGUUUGUGUCCUCUAGAAAAUGUUUCGUUGACAGAAGGAAGAGUCUAUGAGUCUGUUCAAGGAGGUCAUCGUAUUCAGUUUCAAGGAUAUUUGGAAGAAAGCUCGUUGGAACCCUUUUUGCAAGAUGACGCUCCUGCUUCUUUCCUUACUCAGAUAGGACAAGUGCGACCGGAAGUUUCUCGUUCGUUUGAUAGUCCUGGUUUACACGUCGUGACAAUACCUGAACAUGUCCACAAAGCCAGAGGUUUGGUUAUUGGUGGAGGUGGUGCUGGAGGUUCACGAGUAACGCUUUGUUCUGCUAUUCCCGUG